GUGUGCGUAUUUGAGAGUGCGUGAGCGUUUGUGAGGAGUUUAUUUAACCCCCCUCUCUCCCCUUUCUUCUCUCUUGCAACUCUAAUACCUUUUUUUUUUUCAUAAAGAAAAAUGAGCCAAAUGCCGCUUCCUCUUACUCCUUUAAAUACCUCAUUUUAUAGUAACAAGAAUGGAUUAAUGAACGGUAGUGACGGAGAACAGCUUGUUUCACCUACAAGAGAAGAAAUUUCUACUAUAUUUGUAGUAGGAUUCCCAGAGGAUAUGCAAGAGCGUGAAUUCCAAAAUAUGUUUAUGUUUUCCUCUGGGUUUGAAGCCGCUAUGCUUAAAGUACCAUCGUUAAAAGAUGGAGAUGAUGAUUUGGCGAACAACAUAAAGAAGCAAAUAAUUGGAUUCGCAAAGUUUAGGACACGCAAAGAAGCUAUUGAGGCGAAGGAUGUAUUGAAUGGACGUAAAAUAGAUCCUGAAAAAGGGAAUACAUUAAAAGCUGAAAUGGCAAAGAAAAAUCUUCACACGAAAAAACUAAAUAUAACUGAACAACAACAAGAGCAGCAUACAAUGGAGCAGGAAGAGCUUCAAAAGAUUCAACAACCAACACCUAAUCGAUUUAAUACGGCUUAUGAAGCAUUUUAUUCUGUCCCACCGUCAUCCGUCCCAAAAGACUUGAUGUCACCUAUCACAACUCCUUCUUCCAUGACAAACGAAUCUUACUCCGACUUUUAUUCCGAUCUUGCCUUUGUUGGCUCACCACCACCCGUAGAAAACUUUAUUUCACGUUCACAGUCAGUAGAUGCUAGAUCAAUGGAUUUAUUUAUCCGUCCAUCUUUAUCUAGCAACAAUAGUAGAUUUCAGAGUAGAUUAUCUGCUGUAGCUGCUAAUAGAUUCCACAAUGGCAAAGAAUUAGAAUUUGAUUACCUAUCCAAAUCAACACCUCAUGAUAAUAGCAAUGAUAGAUCAUUUCAUCCACAUAUAAUUCCAUCCUCUCAACCACAGCAACAACAUUAUCCUCAUCAUAUUCUUUCUCCUCCGCUUAGACCAAUGUCAACUGUUUCAACUGGUUUAAUGAAUCAUCAUGAUCCUCCACAUCACUUUUCAAGGUUUCCUCCAUUUGUUCAUACUUCUAAUUCGACUCCUCCUAAAUCCAUCUCACCUGCUCCUCAUUCUCCUUCCCCGCCACCCCCUCCAGGUAUUUUAUCACCAAAUCAUAGUUAUCGUAGCUUGGGUGGUAUGCUCGUAGGAAGCACAAAUCCAGCAGAUCAAAAUCCUCCCUGUAAUACACUUUAUGUCGGUAACUUACCUCCGAAUGCCAAUGAAGAUGAACUCAAGUCCAUGUUUUCAAAAUGUGCGGGAUAUAAGCGUCUAUCGUUUAAGAACAAGUCGAAUGGACCCAUGUGUUUUGUCGAAUUCGAAGAUGCCAUCUAUGCAGCGCAAGCAUUACAAGAUCUCCAUGGAAACCCGCUUAGCAACUCUGUCAAAGGUGGAAUACGCUUGUCUUUUAGUAAAAAUCCAUUGGGCGUACGUCAAAGCAACAGCAACAACAAUAACAAUUUUUCAAUCAUGAACACUUUAUCCAAUAGAAGAGAAAGUAUCACCACAUCUCAUUUUGAUCCACAAUUGUCUUAAUUCUUUUCAUAUUAAAAUUUCCAACAAAACUAUAUUCAAUUUUCUAGGAGGAUUUAUAUAAACAUCAACCC